ACUGCCUCCAUCAGUCGACCCCGUGCAACGCGGCUCGCCGGCCGCCGCGCGAAAAUUUACCCUCUGCCCGCCUCGAUCUGCGCGCGAUCCCUUUGUUUGUCUUUCCGCGACGCAGUCGUGUGUCCUUGGCGACUCGCGCCAUCACGGCCAGCCACACAACAGGGUUCCUGCUUCAGCAGAGUGUGAUCGACGACGGUAGUAGCCGCGUACAGCGUGUUUCGUUGCCACUUGUAGGAGGAGCGCGACCAGAAGAAGAGACAUUUAGACCGGGACUGGAAAAAAGGUGAAAAAAAGAGAUAGAAAAAAAAGAAAAAGGUGAUAUCGAACGCGCGUGCGUGUGCAAGUUGAUCGGUGCGUAUGCUUGGAAAGGUCACGGUGAAUUAGACAGGCACAGAGGUAGCGCGAGACACGGGGAGACGGCGUGGUUAGAGAGUGGAGGCGAACGGAGAGGAUUCCGCGCAAAAGCCGGCUCCACGGCCGGUCCCCCACUCGCUAACUUGUUGAGUCUCUCUCGGCAGGUGUGCUCCACGAAACUCUCUGCAGCGGAGCCAACCACGAUGACGAACCUUGUGUUCCUGCUUCUUCUCCUCUGUUCAAGUUCCAUCAGGGCGAACGUGUCCUCGCAGAGGAACAACGUGCACAACGAUCUCAAGGUGGUGGAGACCACCAGCGGCCUGGUUCGCGGAUUCUCCCGUACGAUACUGGACAAGGAGGUUCACAUAUUCUAUGGAAUUCCCUUUGCCAAGCCUCCGAUAGGGCCGCUCCGAUUCAGAAAGCCGCUGCCCAUAGAACCCUGGCACGGAAUCCUGAAUGCCACUGUGCUGCCCAACAGCUGCUACCAGGAGAGGUACGAGUACUUCCCUGGCUUUCCAGGGGAGGAAAUGUGGAACCCCAACACCAACAUCUCCGAAGAUUGUUUGUACUUGAACAUCUGGGUGCCGCAGAAGUUUCGACUGAGACACAAGGGCUCGGAGCCUCCGAAUAACGGGGACAAGAACGGCCUGCCACUUCUGGUCUGGAUCUAUGGAGGUGGUUUCAUGAGCGGCACCGCUACCCUGGACGUCUACGACGCGGACAUCAUGGCAGUCACCAGCAACGCCAUCAUCGCCUCCAUGCAGUACAGAGUUGGCGCUUUUGGGUUUCUCUAUUUGAACAAACAUUUCACCAACAGUGAAGAGGCUCCUGGCAAUAUGGGUCUCUGGGAUCAGGCUCUGGCUCUCAGAUGGCUCAGGGACAACGCGGCGGCCUUCGGAGGCGAUCCUGACCUCAUCACCAUCUUUGGCGAGUCCGCCGGAGGAAGCUCCGUGUCUCUGCACCUGAUCUCUCCGGUGACUCGCGGUCUCGUCCGCCGAGGAAUCCUUCAGAGUGGCACUUUGAACGCUCCAUGGAGCUACAUGACCGGGGAGAAAGCGAACGAAGUGGCUAGAAUACUGGUCGACGACUGUGGCUGCAACUCCACCAUGCUUCAGGAGAAUCCUGCUAGGGUGAUGGCCUGCAUGAGAUCCGUGGACGCCAAGACCAUCUCUGUCCAGCAGUGGAACAGCUACUGGGGCAUCCUAGGCUUCCCAUCGGCGCCCACCAUCGACGGGAUCUUCCUACCUAAAGAUCCUCUGGAUCUUCUCAGGGAGGCUGAUUUCAAGGACACGGAGAUUCUCAUCGGGAACAACAAGAACGAGGGCACGUACUUCAUCCUCUACGAUUUCAACGACGUCUUUGAGAAGGAUCAGGCGAGUUUCCUGGGGCGGGAGAGGUUCGUCGGCAUCAUCGACACCAUCUUCAAGAACAUGUCCCAAAUCGAGCGAGAGGCCAUUACUUUUCAGUACACCAACUGGGAGAACCUGUACGACGGCUACAUCUACCAGCAGAUGGUGGCGGACGUGGUGGGCGACUACUUCUUCAUCUGUCCGUCGAUCCACUUUGCCCAACUGUUUGCGGAGCGCGGCAUGAAGGUCUACUAUUACUUCUUCACUCAAAGGACCAGCACCAACCUAUGGGGUGAGUGGAUGGGAGUGAUGCACGGCGACGAGGUGGAGUACGUGUUCGGCCAUCCUCUCAACUUGACUCUCGAGUACACGGAAAAGGAACGAGACCUGUCCUUGAGGAUGAUACUCUACUUCUCCAAGUUUGCCUAUACGGGGAAACCGACUGACGAGGAAGCCGACUGGCCGCCAUAUUCGAGGGACCGACCGCAGUACUACAUCUUAAACGCGCAGGAGAACGGCUUUGGGAAAGGACCACACACCACGUAUUGUGCUUUUUGGAACGACUUUCUGCCAAAGUUAAAGGGAGUGCCAGAUGUAACUCCGAAAGCCUGUAACAGCGCGAUAGCUUCGAGCGUGUCAGCAGGUGCGGAGGAUCUAGGCAACUCCCUGGCGAUCACGGCGCUGUCGUCGAUCCUGGUACUGUCGAGAGUCAUUUAAAGACAAUGCAAGGGGGACCGUUUAUCGAUCGACAGCCUUCUGAAAGCCAGCAAUCCGGGGUUCAAACAGUUGCACAGGUAUUAGGGCUUCGUUCACGGUCCAGGAUCUCGUUAGUGGUUAACACCCUGCUAAUCGUUUGGGUAGAUCAAUGGGUCCCGGCUGACCCAUUGCCGUCGAACGACCACUUUUCUCCCUCCCAUAGACAAAACAUGAAAAAAAAAUAUAUAUAUAUAUAUCUAUAUAUCGAGGAAGAGAGAGGAAGAAGAAGAUAACAAGAUUCCAAUCAGAGAUUUGCGAGAGUUUCGAGGGAACAGGGAUUUCUGCCUAAACUUUGCAUAAGCAAGAUCCGGCUAUUCGCGAAGCAGAUUCGUUAAGGCUUCGUGGAAAAAACCUGAAUCGCGGCGACUUAAUGGCCAGGGCUGGAAGAUUGAUGAACCGAGAAAACGAGGACAGCCUAACGAGUUACGUCGCUCGAGUGUCUCCGACCGGGGACUGGGGCUGGAUGUGGAAAAGGUUGAACUAUCGAUUCCUCUUGCGAAGACCGCGGCAAGUCCCGUGGAGGUCGGGUCAAAAAGAGCCGAAGGAUGGCUGCAGGCGUGAAAACUCUCGAUGGACCAGUGGUUUAGAAUUGGGCUAACUGUCGAUCGUCCCGAAAAUACCGGUGACCGCGGGGAUUUGAAUAAAAAUGGCGGGCCAUUCGCACGGACAUGGAAUUUGCAUAAAUAAUAGCGGAACGCGGGCCGGAUCGAUACCGUGACAGGGUAGGACGUGUUGCAGAGCUGGCGUAAACACCAGCCGCUAUUAACCACCUGUUCGUGCAAUCGAUGGCUCGUGACACAAAAGUUUCAUUAGUAAAACGCAACAAGUGCUCCGGUUUUACAUAAGAACGGCCGCGCGGGCAUCCUGAUCGCUUGGACCCGCUCCAAAAUCUUGGCGACAAUUUCUGCUCGUCGAAGAACGCAAGCUCGGAUGACCGGUCAUCUUGGUCCUAGGUUGUUAUUGCCUUUUAAACCGUUCAAAAGAGCCACGGAACGAUUUACCAGGAGUUUCCAAGUGAAAUUGCCUUCGGAAAGUUUGCCCAGUGAGAGAGGCGAGGCGAAUUCAGACCUUUGAAGCAUUCCUGCGAAUAGACGGCAAACGGGUUGCGAAGUUGCGAGGACGAAGGGAAUUCCUUGGUCAAAACAUCAAGAUUAAGAACACUCGGGCGUUUCUUCAAAGACAGAUCAACCAACGACCAAGUCCUCGUAAGAUGGAAAAGAGCGGAGGAAGUGGAUCUGUGACCGCAGCAGUUCCAACUAGACCAAUUAGACCACCCCAAUCGACUGCAGUGGAAAGAGUUCCUCCGUGGCAAAGCAGAAUCGAGAAACAGCUCCGUUUGAAAACGUACCACUGAUGCCAACGCGAUACUCGAGAAAGUAAAUGGAAACCAAUCCGGGGAAAGGUGAAAUUCUUAAUGAGACACUCGAUCCGAGCGAGUGAUCAAACGGAGCAUGAAUCAAGCGUAAGGAGGUUUCUAAAUCGGGAUUCUCGAAACCGGUCGACCGUUGAAAACCGGCUUUAAGGAUUCAGCGAAGAGGGUUCUUGAAAAUUCAACGGGUUAAGUGCAGACUGAUGUCCUCGUGGUGGCUCAAGAACACCUUCAAAUCGGGGAGUGCCAUUUGCUCGUCGAAACGAAAGACAAGCAAGUGGUGGGUAGGAGAAGGGGAAGGGAAAGAGGAGAAGAAGAGGGAAAGAUCGUGUCAGUUUCCCGAGGAAUUUACGCUUCGCUUGUCCGCUCCGCAAAAUUGGACAAACCAGCCUCACUCUGGCAACCUUUCCAACCUAGGCAUCGUUAUAAAUAAAUUCCCUGUCUCGCCGGCGCGUACCAUCGCUCGCCGGAAGUCGCCGUUCUUUCACAUCGAACCCGCACUGCUUAGAAUGUCUCCUGAUCCGCUCGACCGAAACGAUCCACCGUUUCUUCGACCUCCGACACCUGGUCGGACUAAUCUUGGCCAGAAAUGUGGCAAAAUGGGAUUUUUGAAAAUUGCACUCGGAGCCUGCUUGCUCUUGACGAAAAUAAUCGAUUUUGGAUAAGUAAUCAGAGGAGAUUAAUCGAUGUGGUUUCUGGAAAGUUAUUAAACCAUUGGUUCUUCGGAGAGAGGCAAACGUUAGCGCCAUCUGUCGCUGGUUGAAUAUUCCGUGCGAAAUCUGUUUGCUCUUAACGAGUAGAAUUGAUUUUCGACAAAUUAGAGGCGGAAAUUAAUCGAUGGUGAUUCAUAGAAAAUUAUUGAAUCGUUGAUUCUCUGCAGCAAGGCAAACAUUAACGCCAUCUGUCUGUGCUCGAAGUCUGCUUUUAACGAAUACAAUUAAUUGUGGACAAGUUGAAAAAAGAGAUUAGUCCAUGUGAUUUGUGGAAAGUUAUUAAAUCGUUGGUUCUUUGGAGAAAGGCAAACAUUAACGCCAUCUGUCGUUCGAAACUCUAAACAGUAACGUGUCCACUCUAUACACGCUGUAAUCUAUGUCGCGUUGUUGGAAGCUCCCUCGAUUCCACCUCAGCACUUUGACCACAAUUGUGAAAGGAUUGUAAAAUGGAAAAACUAGUCGCCGGGACGUUCCCGGAAGAAGAAAAGUGAACGAUUUCAACGACGAGCGUCUUUCGAUCGACAAUAAAUCUUUGCUGAACAAAGAAGAUUAACUCCACGGCCUAAGGGAGGAUCUUUCACGCGAACAAUCGUUUCUCAUCGAUCUAUGCACCACCUUUUUCUAGCGAUGUCGAAAUUAUUGUCACCCCAAGAUCGUCAAGGACGUCUGACAACGCGACCUCGAUCUUUUAGCAAGGAUAAUCUUUAGCGAGAGUACCUGCAUUUCGAAAAGAAGACAAAAUUCCUUGGAAAUCUCUGCUCGAAGCUCGGCGCCUCAAGUUUCAGAACUAUCCUACACCCUCUCGAAAUUAUUCUUCAUCUUGCAAAAUACCGUUGGAUUCCCAUAAUAGUGCUGGCAGUUUUACAGGUUCCAAGGACCCAUAGAAGGGAAGAAAGCAAGGACCAUGGGCAAGAACAAAAACGAACACGAAACAUAAGACACCUUUGAUCUGGACUUUCAAGAUGGGCACAGCUAACAUGACAAUACCAGUCGAUGAAGUAACAGUAGAUAAAUUAAAUUGCUACAAAAUAUUCAAAAGAACAAAAAAAAAGAAAAUAUAUAGAGUGAUGCACGAGUAUUAGCAGUGAGGAAAUAAUCUGUCGUAUCUAUGUAGAGAGGGAGGAAAAGGAAAAGUGAGAUCUUCUGAUCCAUUGGAAGAGAGGCAGUCCAGGUCAAACUCGAACGACUCGCGAGAGCCGGAGCGAAUGUCAAGGGUGCACUGCUAAAAUGGCAGCAUUCGUUAAAGAAACAGGGGGAGGGGAAGAAAGGCUUGAGGAAUUUUAAAUAAGAACAAGUAAACUAGAAAAAGUGGGAAAAUAACGAGAAGUUUCUUUAUUUCAGUCAAUUCUCAACUAUCGUACAUUUUCUCUACCUUCGAACACAAACUUUGUAUCGAUCCUCCCCACGUGCAACCGGAAGGAACGCAACGAAGAAAGAACGCUUCCUCGAAUCGAAACACGAGCACAUGGACAAAUAAUUUCGUUUCGUUUGUCCGGACCUUUUACGUCCGGUUUCCUGGAAUUCAAAAAGAAAAAAAAGAAAAAAGCCGAAAUGAAACCAAAAAGGGCUUGUGCACCCCUGAAGCAUGAAAGGACAAGGUGUAACUCAAAAAGGAUGAGGGGGGAGAGGGGGAGAAAGCGAUUUUUCAACUUCUUCGCACGGCUGCCAGAUAUUACUGAGAAAACGAAACCAAAAAGAUAAGAAACAGAGACACACACGAAAAGACACACGUAUACAGAAAAACUAAAAAAGAAAAAAAAUGGCACCUCGUGAAUUAAUCUCGUACACACGUUAAACAAGACAAGAUAGAAACUUAAGAGAUACAUUAAGCAAUGUAAAUAUACAUAUACAUAUAACGUAUAUAUACAUACAUAUCGAUCUAUACAUAUAUAUGUGGGUGUAUAGGAUCAAUAUAUGUAUAUACAUAUAAAUAUACAUGCAAGCUCUGUAUAUCUAAUUACGUGUGCCGUCGAGCAAAGUAGAUGUAAGGCAAUUUUAAGGCACCCGUGUAAUUUUUGCUCCGUGACGUAGGUGUCCACACAGCGACAUUCUAGACACAGUGAUCGAUUAAAAUAGAUAUACAUAUACAUAUAUAUACAACGUUUUAAGAGGCCAUCCGAUAAUUUCCGAGUCGCAAUGCAACAGCCGCGAGAGCGCGCCGCGAUCGUUCGCGCGAGACGAGCCCAGACGGGUCUUGGUAAUAUUUUUUCUAUGAUUGAAUUCCAUCGUAGCGUAAUCCCUGAGAUAAAAUAGUAAUCGAACCAUAAAUUGUAAUAACGAGAGCAAGGAUUCAUAAUCGACAGAGAAAUGCAAACCUAGUUGUGAUUGAAAUUCGUUACAGCACUAUCCAUGAAGUAAAAUGAAGAGCGCUUGUAGAAAAUACUAUAAAUACCAAAAAACAAGUUUUUCAGGAGAAAAAGAACACUUAUGCAUCAAUGUAGUCCAAAUUGAUGAAAAAGAGAAUCCUGCAUGUGCCAUCUAUUGCAAAGAUAAAUUAGAUGGUAUAGACAAAAGUCAAAAACCGAUCAACUAAUGUGUAUUGAUCCUCUAAUUUUUUUUAUAGUGACGACAUUGUAACACCAUCUUCCAGCAAUAUUAAUUACUAUUUAGAAAGGAAACUACGCUUCAAUUCUAUACUAAAAUAUUCUCUAUUAAUAUAUAGAACAUUUUCCAAGAAAAAAAGCAAAUUUUUCAAUUCUGUCGCUUGCUGUGUUUUUUAGAAAUACUCUUCAAAUAUUUUUCGAAUUACAAAUUGUUGAGUUCGAGUUAGAAAUUCUAAGCGUGAAACUUUACAGGUAAUAAAAUAAGCUUCGAGAAAAUAUACUCCCGUUUUAAAAGAUGACUGCUUAACGCUCCAGGAUCUGGAAGCUUCCGCUGUCGACGUGAAAUCCUCUCGAAAAAAAAAAAGAAAAAAGGGAAAAAAGGAUUUCGAACGAGCUUAACAAUUGGAGUGUUAGAGGACUCGUACUCGUCUCGCGGCAAACGGCACGCUGAAACAUGAAUCUUCCAUUUGGUACAUAUCACCUAUAUAAAUAUAUCAUAUAUAGCGAGAGUUGAUUCUAUCGUUAGAGAUCUUUUCGUAGUUAGAGCAUCGAGCGUUUAAUCACCGUGUGACAGCGCGUGCACACACUAAAAAAAAAGACAAAAGAAGAAAAAAAACAGAGAACAAAGCACGAGCAGAGAGAAGAAAAGGUGUGUGUGUGUGUAUGUUUGUGUGUAUGAAAAUACGAAUGACAGAAGGAGAGAAAGGAUCUGGUAUUUUGAUUAAAAACGAGAGAGAAAGAAACAAAGAAGUAGUACGACCAUAUUUUCUACCAAAUGAUAUUGUUGGCUCUUAGACUAUCGUCUCAGGCUUUUCUCGAUAGUGGGCCUCGAUCAGUCACUAUUAAAGCUACUGUGUCACUCGUCGAUUAAAUUGCUACUUCGCCUAACGAAUUUUUAUUUCGUCGAGGAAAUAAAAAUCUUCGCUCGACCCUUGCGACAAGCAUCGUAUAUUGUAAACGAAUUCCGAGCCCCAUCCACACGAGGUAGGGUGAUUGUUCGUUAAAACGAUACCAAAGGAUCAGAAAGACAACAGGGUACACCUAUACGAAAACAAAGCUCAAGCCUAAAACAGGCCUAAGAAACAAUUUUUCCCGCGAGACCUUAACCGAACGCCUAACUUAGAUCUAACCGAUGCCUAAGCUGAAACCUAACCUAAGCCUAAUUCUACGAUUCUAGCUUGUAACUUUAACUGGUGCCUGUUUUAGAUCUAACUGGUUUGGGACCUAAUCCAGACCCGUGAAUACCUAACCUCUGCCACUAUGCUCUUUUAUUCGAAGAACUCUUUGUCGCGAGUGAUUCGUAGCCUUUUUGGUGACACCAAUUCGACGCGCACCAUCGUUCCCAAGUAUCCAGAUAGUUCGAUCGAUUUUUCAUUGAUCGAUGGCUGGGAUUUUCUGCUUAGAAAAUCGGAGAAGAAUACAUUUUUCUUACUCAAACGUUAAACGUGGUCAACGAUUUUAUCAAGCCGUGACAUAGGAAUGAUAAAAGAUAUCUUCCCAUAUUUUAUUUGACAAAUUCGUCCCUGGAGAGAUACUUUGCGUUGCUGGAAAGAAGUCAAACGUAAGAAAUGCGGAUAAGGAGCUGUUAUUUCACAUAAAAACAAAACAAUACAGCAACACGUAACGAUAAACGAUAAGGAUCAACCUAAACCUAACCCUAACUUAAUCCUAGCACUAACCCUAACCUUAACCUCUCUUGCGCCGCGCCGCUAGUCUUCUUUUCAGCAAAACACUGUACAUGUAUGAAAUUAAGUUAGAAUUUGCGGAAGGCAAUCGAGCGUCCGGAUAUUUCGCAGCGAUGGCGUGUCUUCGUUAGAAAUUUAGGCGAGUAAGCGGAAGGACCGUAUACGCAUCUGCGGCGUCCAAGCGCACCCCUCUCAUUAACGGCUAAGCACGUCCUCACAUAUCAUUAGCUGAUUACCCAUGCGUCUUGUCGUGAAAACUUAAUGUUAGGAUUAGUGCCUCGACGUAAAACACGCUCGACCCAUUUCACACACCCUGUCCACAAGAGGAGACCUCGCGUUCUCAUUACUCGCGUCAAAUUAACUAAUCGACGUGUCCUCGCGGCUAUUAGCCAACUAAGACGAUUAACGAUACGAUCAACGAUUAACAUUUCAAUCAAAUUGAGUGUUGGAUCGAUGCUGCUAUUUUUCGAACGUACGAAGGAAUUUCGAAUUUCUCGUCUAAAAGGGCUCAAAGUCUCUUUCUUCAUUGGUAUAACGAGAGAAAAAUUCGAUGAUAAAAAUUGGAAGUUAGAAGUUCAAUCUUGAUCUCUUCUCGGUGAAGAGCGAAACUUGCAAUUAGAGGGUUCAAUGGAAGCAAACUGGUGUCCAUGUUACCUUCGAGAUCAAGCGAAGCAGGAAUCGUUAGAUAAAAUGAUAAUCAAGUGUAGAACGCCGUUCGCGUGGAAGUCUGGGAACUGAAAUGGGUCAAUAUUUGUCUUUAGAUAGUUUGUUCCUGCGUGUGCAGCUCAUAGUGUAUAAUUGAUCGCGAUCGAUGCGUUCAGGAUGUCACUGGCGGGCGCGGUGACGCCCCUGAAAGCACGCUGUUCCAGGAAUCCUUGCUAACGUGGAACGGUGUAUACGGAAACAAGCCUUUCUCCAAUCAAAUAUCCGAUAUCCUUUCAGAGAAAGUUCUUUUUCUUUUUCUCACUUCAGCCUUGUAGUACUUUACACGCACUCUUACUCCUACUUGUUCACAACUGUUCCGUUGUAACGUGAUAUCGUUAUAGUGAAAAUUACUUGUCGAUACAGAAGACGAGAUGUUUGACACUUUCGCUAUUACCGACGCAUACACUGCAUCAAAUCAGUUGCUAAUAACGGUUACCAUUUAAGGCUGUUAGAAUCUAAAGUAUUCAACUCGGCGCAAACAAAUAAAAUAAAGUAAAAUUUCCCAAUAUGGUGAAGCGCAUGAAUAUCCAGCGAAUUUUCCAAAUUUAUUUCUUGAGAACGAAGCUUCGGAUGAAAAAUUUUCAUACUAUAUUUUUAACUCGAUAUUUUCCAAAUUCUGCCAUUAUCUUCGCUAAAAGAUAUGUGUAGAGAAUGAAAGUAGCGAAAGUGUAAAACAAGACUCCGUAACAGAGCGAUUCGCGAAGAGACCAAGCUUCUGAACUGGCCUAAUCAUUUCGAAGAAACGCGAGUAUAUGACUCGACGAAGCUAUUCCGUGUUUCGUAUUUCUGACUGUUCGUCGAAUAACGAGAACGAAGCGCAAGAACGAACACAGAGGGCAGGAAAAAGAGUAAAGAAACGCCAACAAACCGCGAAUGAACAGGGAACUUUUUUCUUCCUCUUUUCAAUUAAAGAAAAUAGAUCCAAUGGGUUAACGAAGGACGUGUCUACUGAGUUGAGGACCAAGCACUAAAAUAAUGUGAAAAUUGCACAGACGCGAUAUUAUUGGAAAAUAUGAUAUUCAUAGUUGAAAGUUACUUAUACAGGGUGCAAUAGGAAUAUUUCAGCUGGUUGUGGGAAAGGUUCCAAUAAUCAAAAUUAAUUGGUAGGGAACCUUUUGACGUAAAAGAAUCCUUUGGAAACUCUUUUUCCAAAAAAAAAUUCGUGAGCUUCGAAAGUACAAAACAAUUUUACAAUAACACAUACUGUACAACCGAGGAGAUAAGAAAAUUCCAAUAAUUUAACAGACAUAAUUCUGUGUGCGAUUUCUUCGCGUCUGUUCAGAUUAAUAUCCAGAGAAGAAACUAGCGAUGGAAACGUUGUUAAACGAAUUCUUCGAAACGCUCCUUUUAUAAUUACGAUGUCGAGAAACAUAACUCGAUAUUGAAUAAUCACAAUGAUAAAAAAACAGACUCGGGUAUCUACGGUAAAUUGAUUGAAAAAAAAGAAGAAAAAAGACAGGAAGAAACAUUGCGUUGAUUUACCAUGUUUGCCCCUUAAUGGAUUAUCGAGGAUCGAGAAAAAGUAGAAGAAUGAAGGAAUCGAGCGCGGUUAUUUCGCUAAUUAAAUGACUCGAUGGUGCGUGAACGUGAACACUGUAUUUCAUUUCUGGGAGGUUGGCGGUGGUUUCGUUCAACGUCGAUGCGUUUCGAUCGUGUGUAUCGAUAUUUACGUGCGACCAUCGUGCCGACGGACGCGUGAAAACCAAUCCCGUGGAAUUCAUUCGGCGUUUUCUCUCGGCCGAGUAAUUAAGAAUUUAUCAAUUUUCAUUCGGUAUAUUCGGUGAUGUUUCAUUUUUCAUUCGCCUGUCAACGGAGAAUGGAAGAACGGCGAAAAUACAGAACGACUGUUUGCACGGCUAGGCCUAAUAUUUGGUGGCGUUGAACUGACAAUUAAUUGGCACUUCAGUCGUAUGCAAUUUUUUCAAAACAUUGUCCUAUUUUACAAAAAUAAAUUUCAAGAUUUUCUAUAUCCUAUAAUCGUAUCGUGAUAGUUUAACGAUAAUGGAUUAGUUGAUUGCGUUGAAAGUUCAUGUCCUAACCUCUUAAUGUACUCUGUUUCUCGUACAGUUUCAGAAAUCGUUUACGUCCACAUUAAAGAGAUGAAAUAUAUCUAAUUUGGAACUUAAUCUACGAAUGAGAACCAAUUUUGAGUCACGAUAUAUCACGUAAAACACUUCAUUUACUUGAACGCAGAUUUCUACCAAUUAAGAGUCUAACCUCCGCCCAACUAAACCUAACCUAACCUAACUAAUCAAUGCUAAUUCGUUCUAAAUUCUAAUUCAUUUCGCCUGAGUCUUUCUACCACAAUUUUUUCUCGGCUUACUGUUUAGUCCAAAUGAAAUUCGAAGCAAAAUCAAAAUUAUCAAUUAUUAAAUUAUCAUUUAAUUCCCAAACUAGGUCGAACUUAACCUAACCUAACUCCUGUAUCAAAUCUUAAUCCGACUGCAUCUAACUCGCGCUUAACAGCUAUCGAUCAGGAAAGUAGCGGGAAGCAAAGGAAAGGCGCGGUGCUCUGAAACGGAAGAAAAGAAAAGGAAAAAAAUGUGAGAGAAACAGGUGGUGGUGACGGUGAUGCGGGGGUGGAGCCAAAGGUGCAGCUGUAAAGCGACUAAAACGUACGGCAUAGUACUUUUCUCCUGCCUGUACUACCAGAAUACGAGAGAAAAAGGAAAACGGGAAAAGCAACGAGCCGUUCGCAUGAAAAAAGACAACGACAAAGCGAAAACGAGGAAGAUGAGAGCGGUACUUAACCAAGAGAGAGGCCGAGGCUAGCGUAGGGCUGUACCACUGGGAAAGUAGUAGCGGCACAGCGAAUCCGCUUAAACUGAGAGGAAAAAGCGGAAGAGAGACGAGGUUUUCUAUAAAACCGGUGAGAGCCAGGGAAGGAUGCGUGAAACGCUGACUGCGAAUACGAAAAGAAGGAAAAAUAUCAUGAAAAUAGAAAAAGCAACGGAACCAGAUAUACCUGCGUCUAUUUCCAUCGAUCGUUUCCGGAGAUCGGGCUGAAGUUUCCCUUUCCAUUUCCGAUCGCGUUUCUCGUGUUUCUCGGAAAUUUUCUUAGGUCUCCUGCGGUCGCGGAAUGUUCAGACGAAAAGUCAGUUAAACUAUGCGAAGAUCGAUGAUCAGACUGCCGAUGUUUUUGCAGUUUAAAUUCCUACGAGUAUAACUUCGUUUCGGUAUAAAUAAGUAGAAUCUAUGCAGAGAUUUGUUCAACCACAUAAUUUAAAAAACACAUUAUUUCAUUAAUUCUUAUUUUCCAAUGACACGUUUUUUCUUCUGGCUUGUAACGUUUAUAGUACUACAUUUUUAUGACGAUUCGGAAGUAUCAUUAAACGAUACUAAAUGAUGGGGAAUUUAUUGUAAUCGGAAAUAAUUAACUAGUACGUAAAUGCAGAGGUGUAGAGAGACUUUUUUUACAUACAGUAGCCACUGUAUAUUUUCUAUACAUUUUUACAUCUCCAAAUUCUUUAUGAAUUCAUAGAAAUCCGCAGUCUAGCAAUAUUUAAAAAAAUUCGCGCUUUGGAAACACCAACGUAGUCGGUCGGAAACGCCUGUCCGUAAGUCACAGGACGCUACAAGCGAAUUGAAGUAGUCGGCUACAAAAUACUGUACGAUCGACGCCCGAUAAUCUCAUUAUUAAAAAGAAGAAUUUAAUAUUCCGAAACGACAUGAAAAUUCAAAUUACGUCGGAUUCUAACGUUGGUUGAGUGUUUCAUUGUUGAUAAAUCGACACAAAAUUUCGUUCAAAAUUACCAAGAAUCCCCGCAUUCUUACUGACGAUGGAUAAAGUGAAUAAGAUUAAAGAAGAAAGUUGAUAACAGCUAAAGAGACUGGCGGAGCGUAUAAAGGAGAAAUUUGGACCGCGAGCGAAAGGAGAAGUUGCGAUUGAAGGUGGUAGAAGUGUUUCGUUGGAAUGUUUCGUGGACGCAAGUUAAAAAUAGAGAUUGACGUAUCCGCGUCCGUGGAAAGUCGAGAGCCGCCUAAAUUAUUCCGCCCGCAGAAGAGGAAAUUUCUCGCUCUUUUGCUCCCUUCUUUUUUCAUCCCCGUCAGCGAGCACCUUAGUGAAAAAGAAGGAGAGAAGGGAAAAAAAGAAACGCGGAGAAAGGCGUAGCAAGCCGCGAGGCUCGGUAUACUUUGAGGCGAAGAUGAAAACGGUGAAAAGAACAGAUGAAUACGAGUGCAUACAGGCACACACCUGGCUUACCCCCGAGCACGCUUCAAAGCCACCCCUUUGAUCGUUUCCGCGGGGCAAACUCGACCUAAGUGGGCCAACACCCGGAUUCCGAUCCAACAAACAACGAUCCCUGCUUUAUUUUCCAUGGAAUACCUGCCACUCAAAUGAAAAGUACGACAAAUUGUUUAAUAAUAAACGUGCAGAAUGUGACACGUUCAGCGCCGGAUACGCGUCUCGAUUUAACGUGUACUGCCGUGUAAAGCGAAAAAGGGAGUAUCUGCGACUAAGUGAAGUUAUCGCUGCCAGAUAAAAGAGAAAUAAUUUAUUUAUAUGCAUAUGAAAUAGGGAAAGCGAAGAUAUACGUAACAAUGUUUUAUAUUUUGGACGUAUGUGAAAUCGAUGAUUGCUUGUUAAAUGGUAAAAGUGAUUUUCCUGGAAACCAGCCUUUGACCAGAUACGCCUGUUUGAAUUAACACGGCAGUAUAAUAGUUUAAUCGUAACCGUAUCCAGCAUGGUGAGUCGUUCGCGUAGAUUCAUUUAUCGAUCAUGCUGAAGGAAAUUAGAUUCUCUUGCAUCCGAUAGCUUCGGACACGUGCAAUGCGAAUAAUGCAGGGGAUGGUAAGGAAAUAAUGCAAGGGAUGGGAAGAAGCGUUAAUCUCUUCGCUGAAUCAAAGGAAGACAAGACCAGCGCGCCAACACAUUUUAGAGACUUUCAUGGCAAUCGUUGUGUGCUCAAUAAUUCCAACGCCUUUAAUAGUCCCUUUAAACAAAGAACCAUCAUCAUUUUAUCGAAGAAUUUAAGGGAAGGUUUACUUGAGAUAUAUCUUCGUAGUGAUUUUCUUAAAAUUUUCUUUUAUCCUCCUUUACCUGUUUUCGAACGUCUUCUGUGGUUCCCAUGUUCCAUUGCAUUUCGAAGUGUAAGCAAACGAGAAAAUAAAAUAAAAUAAUAUAAAAUAAAAUAAUAAAAUAAAAUAAAAUGUGCUCAACGAAGAUAACCUCUCUUCUCCAUAUAUAUGCUUUAGUCGCGUGUCAGGAUAGAAAGAGGAGAACAGCAUAGUUUUCCAGACAGAUGAGGGAAAAAGUAAGGAAACUUCACUUUGUCUUAGUACGCUAAUUAACGACUAUCAUAGUGGACAGAAUCGUGCAUGUCUGUAUAUAAUAUAUAUAAUGAUAUAACAUCAUAUGCAGACAUAUUCUAUAUAUAUAUAACUGAUUUUUAUAUAUUAUAUAUAUUAUAUAAAACGAUAUAUGUUAUAUAUAAUAUAAAUAUAUUAUAUAUAUAUAUAUAUGUAUGUAUGUAUGUACGUAACAAUGCACUUGCACGGAGUGCUCGCGCUUUCGCUUUUCGUCGACGAGAAUUCGAGGUAAAGAAAAAGAGGAGCACAGGCUGAAACAGCGAAAGUCAGAAAAUUAAGGAGCAAGGAAAAAAGACAAAAAAUCGCCCAAAAAAAGAAAAGGUAUAGAAGAGGAAGGGAUAUUAACGGAGCAAAGAAAAAAAAAAGGAAAGAAGACGAAAGAGGGUAGAAGAGUAUAUAAAGAGCAAGGGUGAGAAUGAAACCGUGUGUAUGCAUGCGUGAAAGAAUGUACUACGAGAGUAAAACAUGCGAGAGAGAAAGGGAGAACAAAUUCUGUGAAAUUGUGUGUCGCGUUAAACGUUGUUAGGUUACGAAGAACAAAAAUAAAUAAAAGAUAAAGAUAUUAUAAAUGUUACACACCGUUGUACGUAAUGAUUAAAUCGAAACCAAACCAAAAAUAAAAAGAAAAAAAAAGAAAAAAAAAUGAAAGAGGAAGAGAGCAGAGAAAUGAUGCUAUGUAUAAGAGAAAUUAAUGUAGUUACAAUGAAAUAAACGAUACGACGAUUACUACAA